GUCCGAGGACUCUGACCCCCAGAGCCAGCCAGGAAGCAGUGCUGGAGCACACCAUGGAGCUGGCCCUCGCCAUCAUCCUGUUCUCCCUCCUCCCGGGAGCCUCCCAGGAGAGUCCCCCAGCUCUCCCAUCCAACCUCUCCCCGGGGAAUGCCAGUGUGAGAAACCUGGAUUCAGUGUGUGGACACCCACACGUGUCAGGCCGCAUCGUGUCGGGACAGGAUGCCCAGCUGGGCCAGUGGCCAUGGCAGGUCAGCCUGAGAGAGGAUGGACAGCACGUAUGUGGGGGCUCCCUGAUCACCGAGGCCUGGGUGCUGACUGCAGCCCACUGCUUAGACCAGAAACAGCCGCUGUCGGCCUACUUCGUGCUGCUGGGCUCCAUCUCCUCCUACCCACAGGCCCACGAGCCCCAGGAGCUCCGAGCCGUGGCCCAGGUCGUCACCCAUCCACGCUACUCAGAGGAGCACGGCAGCGGGGACAUUGCCCUGGUGCAGCUGGCCUCGCCCGUCACCUUCAGCAACCUCAUCCUUCCUGUCUGCCUCCCCAGGCCUGGAGACCCCCUGGGUCAUGGCACCUGGUGCUGGGUCACAGGCUGGGGGAACGUUGGCACAAAUCUGCCACUGCCUCCACCCUUCAUCCUGAAGGAGCUGCACCUGCCACUCAUUGAUGCCCACACCUGUGACGGCUACUACCAUGAGAAUUCUGGCAGCCCCAGCCAGGAGCCCAUCGUCCUCGAGGACAUGCUCUGUGCCGGCUUCGAGAAUGGCCAGAUGGAUGCCUGCGGGGGUGACUCCGGAGGCCCCCUGGUCUGUGACAUUAAUGGCAUCUGGACCCAAGCAGGCAUAGUGAGCUGGGGAUCUGACUGCGGCCUCCCCAAGCGGCCCGGUGUUUACACCAACGUCAGCGUCUACACCACGUGGAUUGGCAGCACAAUCCAGAGCUCAGCCCUAGAUGUCAGAAACUUCUCUCCAGGCCUUUCUGGGAUCUUCUCUGCCUCUCCAUUGCUUCUGGGACCACUCGGGGGCACCCUGGUCUCCCUGGGGCUUGCCUAACCUGGUGGCCUGCCCUACACCUCAGGCCCUGCCUUCCAAACUCACGCCCCCUCUUAGUUCCCUGCUGGAAGCACAAAGGACAGCUGCUUGCAGGGCCCCUCCCCAACCCUCCCUGGACCGCAGCCUUUGACCAUCCACCGGAUCCUCGGUCCUCCAAACCUCCAGCCACCCCCCUGCGGAAGCCCCCCUGGUGCCCACAUCUCCCCCUCCUCAGACCCCAUGGUCCUUGACGCAGCCCUUGCCCAGGCAUGUCCUGCACGGGCCCCAGCUGCCCUCUCUCCCUCCCUGCUGCCCUGUGGGCUCCCCUGGGGACGGAGCCUUGUGUUCCUUGCUUCUCGCCCCUCAACCCCACCACUCAAGGCUGAGUGCCAGGGUGCACCCCCACUCAGGGAUUCCUCUUAGGGCUCUUGGAACUGGGGUUUUUCAGCCCCUGUGCAAAGCGUGGGCGUUUGCCAGGGUGUGUGUUGAGAGGCAAUAAAAAUGAGCUGGCAGGACAUUCCUCCUGCUGGGCGAUCCUCACUGUGCCUUGGGGCCCUGGAGGGACGCACCUGAAAUAUCUCCCAUUG